GUUUCAUACAACACCUGCUACUUGAAGGAAAAAAAGAAGCAAAUGAUACCAAGACAAGCUCCUAACAGGGAUCUAAUCACCAGAUGUGUGCGGAUGAAAAUACAGUGAGAUGAGUCAGAAAACGGGUAAGGAGGGUCCCAGACUCUCCAAGAACCAGAAGUUUUCCGAGCACUUCGUCAUACGUUGCUGCCCACCAUUCACCUUCCUCAACUCCAAACGUGAGAUCGUGGAUCGGAAAUACAGCAUCUGUCGAAGUGGCUGCUUCUACCAGAAGAAGGAAGAGGACUGGAUCUGCUGUGCCUGCCAAAAGACCAGCCCCAGCCGCCGUGCAACGUCCCCUAAGAAGCCCAAGAAACAGCCAGCGGCACCCCCCGCGGUGGUCAGAGCACCAGCCAAGCCACGGUCCCCUCCGAGGUCUGAGCGUCAGCCACGCCCCCGCCCAGAGGCCCGACCACCACCAGCCAAGCAGCGCCCCCCUCAGAAGCCCAAGCAGCAGCCGCGCAGCAGCCCCCAGAGAGGGCCAGGCACCAGCCGUGGGGGGUCCCCCAACAAAGCUUCUAGGUUCUGGUAA